CCAUCAGAGUUGCCACUGUUCAGAGAUCUGAAUCCACUUGGUGCAGCAGAAGGACUCCAGUCCAAGAUGUGGCUGUUCAUUCUAAUGACAUAUCUGACACAAGCAACUGCAGAUUCAGAACUCAUAAGAAGAGGACAUGGGAAUCCUGAGGCAUUUAUGAAUAUUAGUGAGAAGAUCCUGUACAAAGGAUACCCGAGUGAAGAGUAUGAAGUGCUGACAGCCGAUGGCUAUUACCUUAGCAUGAACAGAAUUCCUCAUGGCAAAGGAAAUCCUAGGGACACAGGCCCAAAGCUCGCUGCAUUACUUCUGCAUGGCCUUCUUUUAGACGGUAGCAACUGGGUUGCCAAUUUGCCCAAUAAUAGCCUGGGCUUCAUACUAGCAGAUGCAGGCUAUGAUGUUUGGAUAGGAAAUAGCAGAGGGAACACCUGGUCUAGAAAACACCAGAACCUUUCAAUUGACCAAGAGGAAUUUUGGGAUUUCAGUUUUCAUGAAAUGGCUAUGUAUGACCUUCCAGCAUUGAUAGACUUCAUUCUGCAGAAAACUGGACAACAGAACUUGUAUUACAUUGGGUAUUCUCAGGGCUGUACCAUAGCUUUUAUUGCAUUUUCAGCCAUGCCUCAAUUGGCUCAAAAAAUCAAAAUAUUUUUUGCCUUGGCUCCUGCAUACAUGUUAAACAAAAGCAAAGCCCCUCUGACACAACUGAUAUUUCUUCCUACUGAUUUAUUAAGGAUUGUAUUUGGCAAGAAAGAAUUCUGUCUGUUAAGCGCGAGACUGAAAUCACUUACUGCCAAGGUGUGCGGAACUGCACUAGUAGACCGACUUUGCAUCCAAACCCUCUUUUUUAUUUUAGGUGGAUUUAAUGAGAAAAACUUAAAUGUGAGCCGGGCAGAUGUGUAUUUAGCAAGUUUUCCAGAUUAUACAUCUGUAAAAAAUAUAAUCCACUGGGGCCAGUUAUCUAAAUCUGGAGAAUUUAAAUAUUUUGAUUAUGGCUGUAAGAACAAAGAUAAAUAUAAUCAGACCACCCCUCCAUUUUAUAAGGUAGAAGAUAUGACCGUGCCAACAGCAUUAUGGAAUGGUGGACGUGACUUGGUUACAAGCCCACAGGCGACUGCAGUCUUACUCCCUCGACUUACAAAUCUAGUUUUCUAUAAGUAUUUUCCUGAUUGGACCCAUGUUGAUUUCAUCUGGGGUCUUGAUGCAACCCAGCGUAUGUAUGAUGAAAUCCUUGAAUUGAUGGAGAAGCAUCCAUAAAACCACAGAGCACUUAAGGAUUUGGUCUACUUAUGAAAAAUGUUUGAGUCUUGUAUGUGGACAUGCGUGCUACUGCACUCAUCUAAAUAAAAAUGGCCUCAUGUGA